CAGUGUGGGUUUUGGGCAUCCCACCUGGCAGCUUCACCACUGGGCCAGAGGCCCUCCCUGUCGCUUUCUUAAUGGGUUGCAACUAACAGGCGCCACCUUCCUAAUCUAAAUCCACAGCAUAGUCAGACUCGAACGGCCUGAAUGCCUGUCCAAGGCCACCUCUCCUUCCCCUUGGAGGGAAGCGCCAUCCGCUGUUGACAGUGUUAUUUCAGGAAAAUGACACCAUGCCGUUUGUUGGGUCUCUUGCAAAAGGAUCCUGAUUUAAUUAGCGUUUGGUACGUCAUCUGCCUUUUAGACUGGGUCGUCCGUGCUGUUUAACUUCACAGCUGUCAGGGAGAGACACUGCUUUUGCAAAAUGCUCUGCAAGCUGCGACAGCACCAUUGUCUACCUUCUCUGCACGUAGGAUUAAACGUGUGGCCUGCAGGAGCCUGGCCCCUUGAGUGAGUGAGACACGGGACAGAAGUCUCACUUGGAAUUAUAUUUACAGCUCACUCUCGUUCGGAUCCGUCUGUGUUCCCUUCCGUCCAGUCCUACCAAAUGCAAAAGUAGGAGCGAGAGGGAUGCCUGAGGUUGCCGUGAACAGCCUCAUCUCGUUUCAUUUUGUUUCGAAGCUUCCUCUGCCUCUGAGUCGCCGGUGCCCUUCCCCAGCCCCUGCGCCAGCAGUGUUGGGGCACCUGGCGCUGCCUCAGACGCAGCACUGUACUCACCUGCAGGGCCUCGGGCUUCUCUCGCUCAGAGGACCCCAGGCUGGAGCCAUGACGGGACUGUGAUGAAAACCGCCCAGGCCUUGCCCACACCGCCCAUCCAGUACUGUCCCCAGCGGCCCUGCUGGCCCCUGCCCUCGCCUUGCAGUAGCACAGGUGUCCUUCCCAUGCCGGUGCUCGGUGACUCAGAUACUUACUGAGAUAGCUGAAAUGUUCUUGGCCUCUGCUCACCUGCUGCAGGGCUCUCUGUCUCCCUUCACUAUUGGCCUACAUCUGGAUCUGCUGUGGACCGGCAGGUAUCACUGGGGCCAACCAGGCUUCGCUCCAGGCCUCCAGUCUUUCAUGUGACUGCCUACCCAGCAUCUCAGCUCGGAUGACCCAGGUCACUUCAGCCUCUUUGUGACCAAAACUGAAGUAGCCCAGCCCCUCCACCCUGCCGACCCCACACAAUCCCCUCCUGAACUCUUCCUGGCCUCCCGAGCUUAGAACUCGGUACCACAUCUCCUCCUCUCUCAUUUGCAGUAACCAGUCCUGUUCGCGUCUCCCGUCUGUGCUGCCAUCAGCUUCAUUCACCUGCGCUGGGGUCAUAGCAUCCAGAUGACCCAGUGUCCUCUUGCCUCUUUCCACUUCAGUCUUGAUCCAGAACCCAACAGUUUUUAAAACGCAGAUCUGAUCCUGCCACUGUUCUGGGUGAAAUCCUUCCAUGCCUUCCAUUAGCCUUUAAGCUAAUCGCUAACAUCUUUCCAACAUGGAUUUCAAGGCGCUGCCUGUCUGUUGGCCAUGCCGUAGCCAGUGCCGGUGCAGAGCGCCCUGCCUUCAGAGGUAUACCCUGCACACCGCCUCUCACCUGGCCGACUCCUGCUCACCCCUCACCCUGCAGGUCGCAGCCACGUGGCGCUUCCUCAGUCCCUCAGACUGCCAGCCUCUCGUCUUCAGGGCGCUCCUAGGUUGUGUGGCUGCUUCAUUAGUGUGUGUCUGUCUCUAGAUCUCAGGCUCCAGAAAGGAAGCAGGUGCAUCCUGUUUUGCCCCAUACCCCUGUCUUAGCACAGGGCCUGAUUUCCGAGUGAGCACCUAUAAGGGCACUUGUCUGGGCCUCAGUCUUCAUCUCUGUAAAAUGGGUAUUGAUGAGGAGGACACAGGCUCAUUAGCAGCAGUAACCGGUACAGACUCCUACGUAGCACAGACAUCUCACUAUCCGUGAUCUCCUGUGCACGUCGGUGCUACUUAAGCCAAAAAGGAGCCCUCGUGUAUAAGGAGUUGUUUUCACCCCAUUCAUCCAAAGAACCGCCAGGUUAACUUGAGAAAGUCUACACGCUGGAAGGCGGCCAUAGGUCAUGAGCCAGCAGACAGACACUGGGAGAGCAAGAGCGAGCCUGGUCACUCAGGGUGGCCCUCCUCGCCCCUGCACUUUCCCCAGGGAGGAGGGGAGGCCCAGAUGAAGAGUGUCCCGGUCAGGCCGCCUCCAGCCCCAGCCCCCUGAGACAUGGAGAGGAAGAUCCCACCCAGGGAGAGCCCCAGAAGACUCCCGGCCAAGCUCGGCAAAGGCCCCGAGAUGAAGGCGGCCGCCGAGUCAGACAAGGACUCCGGAUUCUCAGAUGGGAGCUCGGAGUGUCUGAGCUCCGCGGAGCAGGUGGAGGCCGAGGACGUGCUGAGCGCCUUAGGAUGGAGCAGACAGGCCAGGCGCAGGCCGAACUCCAGACCUGCAAACCACGCCUUCCCCACGCUGUCCCCCAUGGUCGUCAUGAAGAAUGUGCUGGUCAAACAGGGCAGCAGCUCGUCCCAGCUCCAGUCCUGGACGGUCCAGCCCUCCUUCGAGGUAAUCUCAGCACAGCCACAGCUCCUGUUCCUGCACCCGCCCGUCCCGUCUCCCGUCAGCCCGAGUCAUGCUGGCGAGAAGAAGGCAGACUCCAGGAACUACUUGCCCAUCCUGAACUCUUACACCAAAAUAGCCCCCCACCCAGGCAAAAGGGGCCUCCCCCUCAGCCCAGAAGAGAGAGGAGCACGGGCAGUGCAGAAGAAGGCCUGCACCGAGAGCCUGGCGUCCAGCCCGUCUUCCAGGGAGCCGACCAGGACUGGCGCGGCACCUGCCAGCCCCUCCGCUCCGGCCCCUCCCAGCGCCAGGCUCGCCGAGGACUCCGCUCUGCAGGGGGUGCCCUCCCUGGUGGCAGGUGGAAGUCCACAGACUCUUCAGCCCGUAUCCAGCAGCCACGUGGCUAAAGCUCCCAGCCUGACCUUUGCCUGCCCCGCCAGUCCUGUCUGCGCCUCUGACAGCACCCUGCACGGGCUGGAGAGCAGCGGCCCGCUGUCCCCGCUGUCAGCCCACUACAGCUCGCCUCUGUGCGCCGCCGAGCACCUGUGCCGCAGCCCCGAGCUCUUCCCAGAGCAGCGGCAGAGCAAGCACAGGCGCUUCCACAACACGCUGGUUGUCCUGCACAGGUCCGGCCUGCUGGAGAUCACCUUGAAAACCAAGGAGCUGAUUCGGCAGAACCAGGCCACCCAGGUGGAACUGGACCAGCUGAAGGAGCAGACGCAGCUGUUUAUAGAGGCCACCAAGAGCAGGGCUCCGGAGGCAUGGGCCAAGCUGCAGGCGUCCUUAACGUCUGGGUCCAGUCACGCCAGCAGUGACCUAGACGCGUUCCCUGACCAGCCAGAUAUCUAGCGCGGCCGGCCUGCUUCCCGAGUGGUUCUGUGGCUGCAGCUGUUAGCUCCCCCUGCUUCCCGAAGCUUCCGUCAGCCCUUCUGAACCCUGACUGUAUCGCAGUUCUCUUCCGAAGCCACGUGCCAAUCCCAGGCUGCUGUCCUCACCUGUGGCCUCCACACAGGCGACGUACGUCUCGUUGCACUAAGGACUCCCAUUCGAGGCGACCUCGUGUUCCUUUUCCUUGGCCUCCGGGCUCUCUGUUGGGUCACAGGGUAAGGCGAGAGAGAGGACUGGGCAGGGGCCGGGGGCUCUUCCAGCUGCCCAGCCUCCGCCCCCGCUCACUCACUGCAGUCAGGGCUGCAGUGGCGUGAAGAGAGACCUGUCAAGCUGGGGAGUGGGUCCUCCCCUGAGUGGGUCAGAGAAUAAAGCACAAGGCGGAGUGUUUGCGUUGCGCCAGGCACCGCGCCAGCCAGUGAAGCCUGCCGUGCCCUGGGCACAGGCUGCUCCUGGGACGAGCGCUUACUCACGGAAGCUGUGUUUUCUUUGACUCAAAAGGCAAGGGGAAAGGGUAGUACCAUUUGACUCAGACACUCUUCAGGCAAAAGAGCUCAGAUUUUUAAGACAGGGAGUGGCUCCAGUACCAUCUGGAACUGGAGCUGAUGAAUUGCUUUUGGAAUCUAGAGACCGAAGGAGUAGACAAGGCCAGCGUCUCCUGGUCAGGGCCGGGAAGAUUCUGGCGACGCAGGCUGUUGUCCUCGCUUUUGUCCCAGAGGACCUCUCAGGUCUGAGAAGCUGAAGGACAGCCUCAGGCUGCUAAGGCGGCCUGCUGCCACCCCCUACCCCCCCUCCCUCACUUGUUUUUAUCAAAGAAGGAGUGCUCAUUAUGCCCGAUAAACUUUGAAUUAAAUAAACUCAUCCUGAGGUUACGAUAAGUCCACAAAAAAUUGGAAACAAAUCUUGCCCGUUUUCUCUUCCCACCCUCACUCUUCUCGUGUCCCGCUCGUGCCCCGCGUCAUAGCGACUGCAGAGCCGCCGUUGUGUGUUGGCUUCAGCAGCAAAGCCAGAGGUGUGCAUUGGUCCCGCGAGGCUUAUGCUGAUGUGGGGGCCCGGGAGGGUUCCCAGAGGGCACGCCUUCUCUACAGCUUCAUCCUACGCGGCACCCGCUUCCUGAGUAGUAGACCUCCCAGUUGCUGACCCCUCAUUUAAAAACCGCACCCUCUUACAAAUCCUCAUUCCGCAUGACCAGCUCCAUCUUUCCGCAAGGAAGAUGUUCUUGAGGUUUCAUGAGAACCAGGAGUCGAUCAUAAUCACGAGGUGGUUGUAACUCUGACAACUUGAGAAUCGUAAGGCUGCAGAUUGCCUGGCUUUGUUUACAGAUGUGCAGGAUUUAAAUGUACCCUACUUAGAAACUAAACAAUUCCACAAAAAUCUCCGGGCGCCCCUGACCAGUGCAGUUACUAUUACCUGUUUGCUCGCUGAAAGAAUCGCAAAAGCCAGAGCAAGUGUGUCUUUAAGCAGACCUGGCUCCUCUUAGUUACUGUUUGUCUUUCGGCCCGUUCCCUUGCCUCCCCUGGGUCUGUGGGGUCCGACAGCCACUCCGCUCUGGGCACCAUGGUAGGAAGCUUCCUUUCUGGCAGAGUGUGUUUGGCAUCAAAGCUAUAGAAACAGGUGCAGCCGGGACAGCCCUGGCACAGCCACGCGGCCCACUGGGUAUCAGAAAUCUGAAAACACUGCCGAGAACCCGACUGGGCCCACUGGCAAAACUGCAGCGCGAUACGCCUCUUGGACUCCUCUUCCAAGCCAGGAGCUGCUUCUGGGUCUCCCAUAUGGGUGCAGGGGAAGAGGAGUUCCCUGCCUGUCACGGUGAAAGCACACAGGAGCCAGCCUCGCCCCGCAGUGCUAAGUGGCGAGGAGACGCAGCACCAGCCCUGGCUCUUCUUAGCACUGGAGCCUCUCCGGGCCGUUAGCCCUGCUGCCCUUCCCCUCGGGAGCUGUAACGUGGAGAAGCCGGAGCUUGGAGGGACAGAUCCAUCACGGUCAGCGGCCUGAUCAGCAAGCGAAAGAACCUCGGAGGCGGCAGGAAGAUCUUUGCUGGGGGCCCAAGGCCGUGAGCAGCAGUGGCCUUGGCAGUGCCUGGUGUCGUUUGGUUUGCAGUGCGGUGAAGCUGUGGUUUUCUGAAAGUGAGAAGCCAGCUUUAGUCCAGACCAACCCUUGAGAGAACUUUUCAAUAGAUUUUAUUGGCACUGGUGAGACACACCUGGGAAAAGUCGCUGCUUGAUUUGGCGUGGGAAUGGAGCUUCGUGACUUUUGUGAUUUACUGCGCUCUCGUUGCUUUUCAUGGACCUGGUGUCGUCCGACGUCCUGCCCUGACUCCCGUGCGUACGUUGAAGUGGUUUUCCAGCUCUGAGUUCUUUAGGGUAGAAGUUUCUUUACCAAAUGUGAAUUCUUUUAAGAACGUAUGAAGUUUUGUAGAAAUUGACUGUGAAAUGUCAGAGAAAAUAAAAGUCACUUACUUGAAAACUA